UCGUGCGUCGUGACGUCACCGCCCCGCCGCCGUGCGUUGUGUCGUAAAGAGAGAGAUGACGUAGUAAAAAAAAAAGCGUCAGAUACCGGGAGGAAGAGAGGCAGCGUCCUGCACGAGGAGGAGAGAGAGAGAGAGAGAGAGAGACACACACAGGUGAAUCACCAUGACGACAGAGCCAGGUACCCAGGAGGCAGAGUCUUUCCCUGAAGCCGCCGCCCACUCCACACCCAAACAGGGAGGGGGAAGCCACGCUCACAGCUCAUUGGCCGAGGACUCGUCCAGUCCGCUGUCAUCGAGCAGUCGCAUCGCUCGCUCUCCAGCCAGAAACGCCCUGAGCUUCAGGACGAUGCAAAGCCGCGUCACGCUGCUGGACGGCUCGCUGUUCACCUGCACCGUGGAGAAGCGAGCUCGUGGGUUUCAGCUGUUUAAUAAAGUCUGUGAACACGUCAACCUGCUGGAGAGAGAUUACUUCGCUCUGAGCUUCAGAGAUGCUGACAACAACAAGAACUGGUUGGAUCCAUCAAAGGAGAUGAAGAAGCAGGUCCGAGGCGUUCCCUGGAACUUCUCGUUUAACGUAAAGUUUUACCCCCCCGACCCCGCCCAGCUGUCUGAGGACAUCACCAGGUACUUCCUGUGUCUCCAGCUCAGACAGGAUGUCGUUUCUGGGCGGCUCCCCUGUUCCUUCGCGACUCACACCAUCCUCGGCUCCUACACCGUCCAAUCAGAGCUUGGAGACUACGACCCCGAUGAGUGCGGUUCAGAUUACGUCGCUGAAAUCGGUUUUGCUCCGACUCAAACUAAAGAAAUGGAGGAAAAGAUCAUGGAGCUGCACAAAACAUACAGAGGAAUGACUCCGGCCGAAGCAGAGAUGAACUUCCUCGACAAUGUGAAGAAACUUUCGAUGUACGGAGUCGAUCUUCAUCACGCAACGAUGGUAGGAAGUCGCUUUGACUGCUUGCCUACAGCUAAGUCAGAGGACUCGGAGGGCGUGGCCAUCAUGCUGGGUGUGUGCAGUAGCGGUCUGCUGGUCUACAGAGACCGACUGAGGAUUAACAGAUUCUCGUGGCCAAAGAUCCUGAAGAUCUCGUACAAAAGGAACAACUUCUACAUCAAGAUCCGCCCUGGGGAGUUUGACCAGUUUGAAUCAACAAUUGGUUUCAAGCUGCUGAACCACCGAUCAGCUAAACGACUCUGGAAAGUCUGCGUGGAGCAUCACUCCUUCUUCAGGCUGAUGUCUCCAGAGGAGACCCCGAAGAAGUUUCUGUCUCUGGGUUCAAAGUUUCGUUACAGCGGUCGGACUCAGAUUCAGAGUCGCAGGGCGAGCGCUCAGAUCUCCAGACCGGCGCCGAACUUCCCCCGAACCAUCAGCAAGAGGAACAUCUUGAGCCGCAGCCUGGACGGAGAUAUGGGUUCGGGGCUGUACGGAGCGUCUAAAGCCAUCGCUAUCAGUGACCUCAUCACCACGGUAACGCCUGAGAGGAUGGUGGACGAGAGGAGGGCUGAGCAAGUGGAGGAGGUGAAGCAAGAGGAGGAAAGGAUGGAGGAAGAUAAGGAGGAGGAGACCAGAGAGACAGAGAUUUCUCAGCAGAGUCCGCCGACUCCUCAGAAACAGGACACCAAGACAUCUAAGGAUAUGAAGGUUGCAGAUGUUCCAGAUGUUGACUUACAGACGCUGUCUUUAUGUGUUCAGACUGAGCUGACUGAUACCGUGGUGGACGGAGAGCUGACAGCCACCGAGUCUGAUCAGGAUGAAGACCUGAAGACUCAAGAGACGUUGGGGAGUCCAGAGGAGGACCAGAAGCCUCAGAGCUCCAUCAGUGCUCUCAGGCGCUCCUUCUUAGAGGAUGCCGGAGGCAGCGGAGGCAUGACGGAGUGGGACAAACGUCUCGCCUCAUCGCCACUACGACGAGUCGACGACUCGCCGAUGAUCGAACCGCUGGAACCAGACGAGGAGGGCGGGAUCACAAACAGGGCUCCUCCUCAGCCAAUCAGAGAGAAGAGCUACACCGUGGGGCGGAGCUACGACACCGCCUCUGGAAAGGUUGUCACCGUGACGACCGCAGACAACCUGCAGGUCCGCGUCAUCCCUCUGUCCACCACUGAUGAUGUCAUCACCGGGGGACCGCUGGUCACGAUCCAGGAGGUGAAGACGCCAACAUCGCCACCCGGUGCCUGGGACGUCAGCGGUGAUGUCAUCGGUGAUGUCAUCGGUGAUGUCAUCGGUGGGGGCGGAGCCUCCGUUCCUCCUAAAGUUGCUCUGGAUGAGCUGAGGCUAAGCCCCGCCCCCUCAGCGGGUCACCUGACUGGCAGGAAGUCGCCCGUCUCGCCCAGAGUGCCUAAACCCACGUUUGAUGAAAUGUCUCCCGAGCUGACUGCUCUGCUGAACUCGGCCAGAGAACAACAAACCUUCAGAGAACACAAUCUGCUGAAGACGUCGGAGACGGAGACGCUGUUCCUGUUGACGGAGCCGUGUGACCCCGGCCAGCCUCAGGAGGUUCCAGUGAUGAGGAAGACUCUCACAUACGAAGCUCCAGGGGCGGACUCUGAUCCUCCAGCAGGUUUGCUGCUCAGUUCUCAGAUCUUCACCGCAGAAACCUCCAACACCACGACCACCACCCACAUCACCAAGACAGUGAAAGGAGGAAUUUCAGAAACCAGAAUCGAGAAAAGAAUCGUGAUUUCUGGAGACACAGAAAUUGACCAUGACCAGGACUAAACCCAGAAGAACCUGCUGCAUUCUGGGAGUUGUAGUCCAGACUAAUCAGCCAACUGUUGGCAGUGUUUUCAGCAACACCCAGUGGACAAUAAAGGAACUGAAGAUCUACACACACACACACACACACAUACACACAGAUACACACACGCACAUAUACACACACACAGAUACACACACCCAC